CGGGGAGCGGCCGGCCGCCGCGCCGGUGGGAUCCUGAACUUGGCGAGACCGGGGCCGCUGCUGGGCGCGGGAGCCGUCGCGCAGCCGCUGGACCAUGGUGUUCUACUUCAGCAGCCACGGCGUUAAUUCGUCUGCUUACACUAUUUACAUGGGAAAGGAUAAAUAUGAAAAUGAAGAUCUAAUAAAGUACGGCUGGCCUGAAGAUAUUUGGUUUCAUGUGGACAAACUCUCUUCGGCUCAUGUGUACCUUCGAUUACAUAAGGGAGAGAAGAUAGAAGACAUUCCAAAGGAGGUGCUCAUGGACUGUGCCCACCUUGUAAAGGCCAAUAGCAUUCAAGGCUGCAAGAUGAAUACUGUUAAUGUGGUGUACACACCUUGGUCCAACCUGAAGAAAACAGCUGACAUGGACGUGGGGCAGACAGGCUUUCACAGGCAGAAGGAUGUAAAAAUUGUGACAGUGGAAAAGAAGGUGAAUGAGAUCCUGAACCGAUUAGAAAAGACUAAAACAGAGCGGUUCCCCGACCUGGCAGCAGAGAAGGAAUGCAGAGACCGUGAAGAGAGGAAUGAGAAGAAAGCCCAGAUUCAGGAAAUGAAAAGGAGAGAAAAGGAAGAAAUGAAGAAGAAGCGGGAAAUGGAUGAACUGAGGUAUACAGGCGCCAUGGUGCUGAUGCUCACCUCCAAGGAGCUAUUCAUCACUAAUGAAAGUUGAGAAUAUGUCUUCAAAUCAGGACGGCAACGAUUCAGAUGAAUUCAUGUAAAAGGAGAAAAGGACAUUUGAAAGAUGCAAUGUAGAGACAGUUGCAGAUCUUUUGAUUUCAUCUGUGUUCUGAAUUAUAAAAACAACCAAAAUUCUACCUAUUCUACCUUCAUUCUGCACAGAUGUUAUUAAUUCUGGAGAUUUAAAAAAAUUGUUCCUUUUUUUGCUGACAGAAAAGGAUCAGCUAGCCAUGUAUCGUAUAGUUGAACUUGAGGUCAGUGUAUUAUUUUAGGAAAGUGGAAAUCUUUUUGCCAGAACAUGUCUUGGUACCUCAAGUGAGCUGGCUGCCCUUCUCCUUGAGAUAGACUUCAGAAUGAACCAAAAGUAUUCCUGUUGCUGUGGUCUGUCCCUGAGAACAGAUGUCUUGAAAUGCUUUUCAUAUUCUUAAAAUAUCUUCACUUCUGUUAAGAAGAAUGUUUUGGUGGGCAGUAUACAUGAAUACUCCCCCAUCCUGAUUUUCUGAUUAGAAGAAAAAGCAUAUGGGUUUUGAAGAUGAGAGUGUUAUUUUUUGGAAGAUUGCUAGCUUCAGUACUCACGUUGCACUGUGUCGUGUGAGGCUGUUAACCUAGUGCUCUCCAUUCUCCGCUUGUCCCAGCUUCUGCGUCCUUGCUGUCUUGGAGUGGGGGCCUCCGUUUUUAGUAUCAUCAUAUUUAAAGAAAUAGUUGGUGUUAAUCAAGGUUGGGCUUUGUGGUAGUUCUUCCCUGAGCACCAAGUAAGCCAAGCCACGUAUGUGACAACUUCCAAACUCUAGAGUCCUUUGUCAAUACUGAGGGAGAAAUAGGAAGGGGUACUCUGUGCAUCAUUUGGGAGACUUAGGUGACCUGAUUUUUGUUUGGGGAUACAGCGUGAAGCAGAAAGUCCACGUUGCAGUUAUGAUUUUAGAAAGAAUUAAGCACUUCACUAGCCAGCCAAGUAAUGUUUCCUUACCUUGAAAUAGCAUUUAUUUUGAGUUGAAACCCCUGAGUUGAGGUUUCUUAAUUGUGGACUCAGUAACUUAAUAUGUAGCAUUAUUGCUCUUUUGAACCACCUGCUAUCCAGUGUGACUCUGAGUAGAAGAUAUGUUUUAUUUUAGCAUGUAGGGCAGUACUUAUGGGAAGGAACAAGACAAAGCAAUGAGAGAGAAAGAGCACAAAGCCACGGGAUAGGAGGCACACACGUUCACACGUUAGCCGCACCCAGAACUCUGCAUGCAGUGUUGUUCUUUACUGUAUUCUAACCCAGCAAAAGUGAUCUCCUUCAGCAGAUAUUCUACCUGUAAUAGCACUUUGGAGCUGUGGGUAAAACCAAAAGACUAGUGUUUGUUUAUACCAAAUUUGUGUGUGGGGUUAAACUGGAAAAUUCCCUGAGGCAUGAAUUGUUGGCCAGAUUUUGAAGGGGUGUGUGUGGAAGAUGACUCUAGAGAUUGGUGAUUUUGUGUGUCUGUGUCUAAUGCUGUUCAACCUAGAGUUCUGAGAUUUAAAAAACGAUAAUAAAGUAUUGUUUUUUAUCUGGAAGGACA